AUACGUUGCAGAAGAUCAAGGAGCUGAGACAAUGUCAGGAAUCAUCCACAAGAUUGAGGAGACCUUCGGAGGUCACAAGAAGGACGAGCAGAAGGGCGAGCACCACGGUGAACACACCGGGUUCGGCGAGCACAAGGGCGAGCACCACGGUGAACACACCGGGUUCGGCGAGCACAAGGGGGAGGGCGAUCACCACCACGGGUUCGGCGAGCACAAGGGCGAGGGCGAUCACCACCUCGGUCACGGCGACCACAGGCCCGAGCACCACGGCGGAGAACACAAGGAGGGCCUUGUGGACAAGAUCAAGGACAAGAUCCAUGGUGAUGAUGACCAUGAGAAGGGAGAGAAGAAGAAGAAGAAGGACAAGAAGAAGCACGAACAUGGCCACGGCCAUGACAGCAGCAGCAGCGACAGCGAUUAGAUCGCCUUCUAUGUCAAGGUUUGUGUAACUGAAGCAGCGAGGGUUUGUCUUACUUAUGUUUCUUUGGGUUGUACUGGAUUAAAGUCCCCAAAAAAAAAAAACAAAACAGAGUGGUUUAUUUGAGUAUGUUAGUUACUAAUUCAGUUAUGUGAGUUGCUGAAAGUAAAUCCACUGCUUUGGUGUUGACUUAGAUGACAGUAUAAAUAAACAGCGUGUAUUUUUGAUA